AGUUGUCGCUUUCAUCUCGUCCCACUCGAACGUCGCCCCGUCCGCAACCGCUGCAAUCUCUCUCUAAGCUUAAAACGAAUUCAACAAACAACUCUACUGAUUGAAAAUGGGUAAUCCAGUGUGGUUCAUUUUCUGGCUGUUGGUCUUCUGGAUCAUCUCCCUGGCGGUCGCAUUCUUUUGUGCCUUCUUCUACAUCGUCAUCUACACACUUGUUGUGUGCAUUCCGGGCCUUUCGGGCAUAUCGGAUGUGCUGCUGCAGGGCCUACAAUUCCCGCAUUAUUGCGCCAAGGCCAUGGUGGACUGCAAGCCCCCAUUUUAAUAAUUUACAUUUCUAUUUUGAUAUGACAUAAUAUUAAGUGCAAUAAUUAUAAAUGUUCAUUUUAUCAGACUUGUUUAUUUUUUU